AGCAGUAAAAAUACCUCUAUACACGCACAGUACUACGAGCGAGAAGUGUUCAGGGAGUAGUAGUAGUAGUAGAAGUAUUGAUUUCAACUGGCACGGGCAGAAGGCCGUAGCUGCUGCUUUCCGGCAACUAGCUUAGCUCAGCCCAGCUCGCCUUCUUCUCUCCCUCCCCAUUCAUGGCCAUUACCACGAUGUGUCACCCCGCCCCACCGCCCUCCUCUCCUCCGUUUCUUCUUCUUCUUCUUUCCUCCUCCUAAGCCCAGCCUUGCCCUGCCCCUAUUCCGGACACCACCCCCACCAGCUUCAUUUAUCACUUGCCUAGCUCUCCCUCCCUCGCCUGCUCCGCUGCUCUCGUGCUUCGCGCCUUGCUGUCGCUGCCAUGACGGGUAUCGACCUCAACACCGUCGAGGAGGACGAGGAGGAGGCGGCGGCGGUGGCGGAGGAAGUGGUGGUGGCGGCGGCCGUGAACUGCUCGCAGUCGGCGGCGCCGGCAAGGACGAGCGCGGUUUGCCUCGAGCUGUGGCACGCGUGCGCCGGCCCCGUCGCGCCGCUGCCGAGGAAAGGGAGCGUCGUGGUGUACCUGCCGCAGGGACACCUCGAGCACCUCGGGGACGCCGCGGCGGGGUCGGCGGCGGCCGUGCCUCCGCACGUCUUCUGCCGCGUGGUCGACGUCACCCUCCAUGCGGACCCGGCCACCGACGAGGUCUACGCGGAGCUCUCGCUUGUGCCGGAGAAAGAGGAGGUGGUGAGGCGGACGGACGACGCCAACGCCGAGGAGGGGGACGCCAUGAAGCAGCGCUUCGCGCGGAUGCCGCACAUGUUCUGCAAGACGCUCACGGCGUCCGACACCAGCACGCACGGCGGCUUCUCCGUGCCGCGCCGUGCCGCCGAGGACUGCUUCCCGCCACUGGAUUACAGCCAGCAGCGGCCGUCGCAGGAGCUUGUUGCCAAGGAUUUGCACGGCACCGAAUGGAGGUUCCGCCAUAUCUAUCGAGGUCAGCCACGUAGGCAUCUUUUAACCACAGGUUGGAGUGCAUUUGUUAACAAGAAGAAGCUUGUCUCUGGGGAUGCCGUACUAUUUUUGCGGGGUGAUGAUGGCGAGCUAAGACUGGGAGUUCGCCGUGCAGCUCAGCUAAAAAAUGGGUCCGCUUUUCCAGCGCUUUACAACCAGUGUUCUAAUCUUGGUACACUUGCUAAUGUUGCACAUGCAGUGGCUACAGAAAGUGUGUUCAACAUUUACUACAACCCCAGGUUAAGUCAAUCCGAAUUCAUUGUACCCUACUGGAAGUUCAUGAAAAGCCUCAGCCAACCUUUUUCUGUUGGACUGAGGUUCAAAGUGAGAUAUGAAAGUGAAGAUGCUACUGAAAGAAGGUACACUGGGAUAAUUACUGGAAGUGGUGAUACGGACCCAAUAUGGCAUGGUUCUAAAUGGAAAUGUUUGCUGGUGAGGUGGGAUGAUGACACUGAGUUCCGUCGACCAAACAAGGUUUCUCCUUGGGAGAUUGAGCUGACGAGUUCAGUUUCAGGAUCCCAUUUGUCCACACCCCAUUCAAAGCGAUUGAAACCAUGUCUUCCCCAUGUUAAUCCAGAAUAUAUGGUUCCACAUGGAGGUGGUUGUCCUGAUUUUGCGGAAUCUACCCAAUUCCACAAGGUCUUGCAAGGUCAAGAAUUAUUGGGUUUUAAGUCUCAUGGUGCUACUGCUGCUGCUACUUCUCAGCCAUGUGAAGCAAGGCAUUUACAGUACAUCAAUGAGCGGAGUUGCUCCAAUGAUGCGAGUAACAACAUCCUAGGGGUUCCAAGACUUGGUGAUAGAACAUCGCUUGGAAACCCAGGAUUUCCCUACCAUUGCUCAGGCUUUGGGGAGUCUCAGAGGCUCCAAAAGGUCUUGCAAGGUCAAGAAGUAUUUCGUCCGUACAGAGGAACUUUGGUUGAUGUGUCUAUGGGAAGUAAUGGGUUUCAUCAACAAGAUGGUCCUCGUACACCCGGUGUCGUGAAUAAAUGGCAUGCACAACUACAUGGACGUGCUGCCUUCCAUGGACCACCAGCUCUUCCAUCUCAAUCAUCAUCGCCGCCAUCUGUCCUAAUGUUUCAGCAGGCAAAUUCAAAGAUGCCCCGGUUUGAGUUUGGGCAUGGACAGUUGGACAAGCAUGAGAAUGAUAGACGUGUUAGGUUUGGCCCUUCUGAAGGAAUUGAAAGAACAGAGCAAAGAAUAUCUCUCCAACCUAAUCCUGCUUCUGGAGAAGUGUCAGAUGGACAAACUAUAGUUGAGAAGUCUCACUCCCCAGGACGACUCGGAAAAGAUGGGACAGAUAACAAAGCUCUUGGCACAAAUAGUUGCAAAAUAUUUGGCAUCUCUUUGACGGAGAAGGUUCCAGCAAGAGAAGAAUUAGAUCAUGACGAUGCCAACUAUUCACUCCAGUCCUUGAAGCAAGUGCCGAAAUCCCUGGGCAAUAGUUGUGCGACCGUUCAUGAGCAAAGGCCUGUUGUUGGCAGGGUGAUUGAUAUUUCAACUAUGGAUAUGAUGAUAUGAUCUGUUAGCUGGCUUUGCAAAAUUAUCUGGAGGUGAAGCAACACUAGGAUUGCUUCCAGCCACAUAUUUUGCUGUGGAUAGUCUCCAGAUGAUGAUGAGUAUCAAGAAGACGGAUGGACCGAGUGUUGAAUUUUUAUCCUAGUUGUAGGCGUUGGAGCUCCUUUCAUGUGACCUAGUUACCUAGUGCUCGUCUGCAUUUGUUGUCGCUGCAACUUUAUCAGUGGCAUUUGUCGCUGCUGGAACUACCUAUACGUUUAUAAGCUGUAAGCUAUGACAGGCGCAUUAGAGGGUUCUGCUACUGUUAGAGCAUUAAUAUCAUUAGCAUGCUUUUAUCCUACUAGAUGCGCUCCUAUGUUGACCUGAGUUGUAUAACAUGAUGGUUGGGCAUUGUAAGGCCUCAUGUUUUGGUAGCAUACUGCUCAUUACUGGUUUCUGUAAGAAUAUUUCUACCGCUCAACUCAUUAAGUAAUCAUCGCUGCCUUCAGUAA